CGCGAAUGUGCUUUGCCUCAUGCUAUCUGAAGCGCACAAGCUAAUAUUACAAUCGCCACCACCACCAUCAACAGGAAAGAAAAUGGAGGUCAGAGAGUUGCAUUAACUGCAGUCCGAACAAUAUUAAUGUUAACAAUACUGUGGUUGAGUUCCAGUCCUGGUCUUCAUUUCAGCUGAGCCUGAGAAGCUGAUCCGAACAGAUAUUCUGUUUGAAAAGUAGUGUCUCUCUGUUAUGGAGGAGAGUGUGAGCCCUGAGCUGGCUCAAGCCCCUGAGCCUAGCCAGGAUCCAGUGGAUACCAGCUCACAAGAACCGACGUCGGUUUCAGAAGAAGUCAAAGAUCAAGAAGACCAAGGUGAUGGUAUUCAAGAUAAAGUAGAGGAGGCUGAAAAAUCCACCAAGCCGCCUUGUGAGUUUAAGAAGACUUGGGGCUUUCGUCGUAGCACUAUUGCUAAAAGGGAAAUUCCUGGCGAAAUGGCUGCAGAGACUCCAGAGGGAAAGGGCGCCCCAGUGCGUCGCAGUGGUAGGCAGGCCAAGCGCACGGACAAACUUGAAGAAUUUCUAGUUACUGUCAAAAGAGGAAGAGGAACCGGGAGAAGGAGUUGUCCCUCACGGCUCGAGGGCGGAGAUCCACCUUCCCAGACCCCGACUGAUGCUGAAACAACCUCCGAGGCCAGCUUCGAUGGAAACGCAGAGACCAAAACGGAGGAACCUAAAGUUGCCUCACCGGAGAAAAAGAAAAGAGGGAGGAGAAAGAUAAAGAGAACUGCUAAGACUAAAGCAAGCAGUGCCUCAGUCAGUGAUGAUUGCAGCUCUGAUAACGAAGAGGAGGGUGAAGGUGAGAUGAUAAAAACACCUGAGGAACAUAUGGAGAUCGAAGCCAAAGCUGAAGAUUGCAAAGACGAGGAAUCAAAAGAAGAGGAACAGGCAAUGGAUGUAAAGAAAGAAGAAGAAAUAGAAGAGGUAGAGAAUGAUGAGGGCAAAGAAAAGUCUUCAGAUGACUUCAUAAGUAGACGUCCUCCUACAAGAUCUUACAGUAGAGAUUCCAAAAAAGACACUAAACCCAAGCCAGGACCCAAGGUCAACAAAGAUACAGAUGAAGAGGAAGAUGAUGAUGAGUCAUCGUCGAGUGAGUCUGACACCGAUGGCUAUGACCCUAAUGCACUAUACUGCAUCUGCAGGCAGAAACACAAUAAAAGGUUCAUGAUCUGCUGCGAUCGAUGUGAGGAAUGGUUUCAUGGCGACUGCGUCGGCAUCACUGAGGCACGAGGUCGACUGAUGGAGAGAAAUGGGGAAGAUUAUGUCUGUCCUAACUGCAACACACACAGAGUACAGAUCACCAAGACCGGUGGCUCCACAGCAGCUGCAGACAAUGGCAAACGGCCAGCAUCUGGCCCUCGUAAAGCAGAGCCCAGUCCAGCUACAUCCAGCACUGCUCCAGUGGCAGCAGAGGAGAAAGCUGCUGAUGACCUGGGCAUCAAGGGCAGAAUCGAGAAGGCUGCCAAUCCUAGUGGCAAAAAGAAAAUAAAGAUUUUCCAGCCGCAGGUGACAGCAGUCAAGGGAUCUUCCCUUCCCAAGUGCAUCGGUCCUGGAUGUGAGAGAGACGCUCUUCCUGACUCAGUCUACUGUGGGAAUGACUGCAUACUCCGGCAUGCCGCGGCUGCUAUGAAGACCAUUACCACGGAUGGAAAAGACUCCAAGCAGAAGGAGAGGGGCAAGACCAAACGGCAAAAAAAGAGCACAAAUAAAUUGGCACAUAAGAAGAGUGGCUCUGAAAGGAGAUCCUCUAACCAAGCUGAAGAGGAGGAGGAAUCUGAGUCUGGUACUGAGGAAGAGGACGAAGAUGAUGAGGAUGACAAGCAUGCAGAGGAGCAUCCACCUCCACCAGCCAUGUCAUCCUGGUCCAGUGACCAUAAUUACAUUGCAGUAACGCCAGAAAAGACUACACCCAUAUCAGCAUCUGUGUUAAACAAAGCGUCAGCUGUCCAAAAAGACAAAGAAAAAGAGGAAAUCGAGGAAGUGAGGCCGGAAAAAGAGUCAACACAUGUGGAAAAGAAAGCUCCUACUUCACAUGUUGCUCCCAAAGGUGGGAAAAAGUCUCCUGUUUCAAAAGGGAUUAAAGGAACUGCAGACGCUGCUUCUCCGACCAAAGCCAAACCAAGUACAACACCUCUGAGCAGUACCAGAGACCUGAGGAAACAGCCCCCACCACAAAGCAUCAAGUUCUUGAACAAGCCCAAGAAGCCAGGGCCUCCCCCACCUCCAAUUCCAAUCUUGUCUCCAUCAGGCCCUCCUGGAUCUCGCCACCAUGCCUCCGGAGCGCUUCGCGUUAGCAAAACCACUUUUACCAUCCCUAAAAAACAGCCACAGGCGCCACCAAAAGAGGCUGCUGAAGGUGGUCCCUCUACCUCUUCUAAGACCCCACCUUCGCCAGUGUCGACCACUCCAUCCAUCCAGCACCCAUCACCAAAACCAACCCAACCCCCUGCACCUGCUGGUCCUCCUCAGCCACCACCCAACAAUCAGAUGAGAUCCAACAUCAGACGAUCGCUGACCGAUAUCCUGUAUAAGAGGGUGAGCGACAGCGAUGACCUCUCCAUGUCUGAGGGUGAAGUAGGGAAGUUGGCGGUCAGCAUUGAGAAAGAGAUGUUUAACCUUUAUCUGAACACCGAUAACAAGUACAAGAACAAGUACAGAUCACUUAUGUUCAACCUGAAGGACCCUAAAAACAAGGGUCUGUUUUAUCGUGUGAUCGGUGCUGAGAUCAGUCCUUUCAGACUGGUGAGGUUGAGUCCAGAAGAACUUCUUUCCAAGGAGGUGUCUGAUUGGAGGAAAACUGAGACCACUGAGGAUCCAAGAUCCCAGUCAGGACAUUCCAAAUCCGGAUCACGACAAGAAGGCAUUCCCCCAGAUGUAGACAUGGAGGAAGCUCCUCCAAUGUCUGAUGGAGAUGUAUGUAUGCCUGCCACUUCCCAAUCUCCCCACUUGGCUUCUUCUGCUGAGCCCCAGGAAGACGCACGUCCUACUUCUACAUCGCAAGCUUCAGUUUCUUCCGGAAAAGGCAGUGCAAUGCCAGAUAUCUUUAGUAGUAUGUUGCAAGAUACUACGGCACAUCACAGGACUCAUCUGUUUGACCUAAACUGCAAGAUUUGUACAGGUCAGAUGUCUGCAGACGAUGAACCACCUUCUAAAAAAAGCAAAAUGUCUAUGGCUAAGAAGCCAGAGCAACCCUUAAAGUCCAAACCUGAUCCCAGACCAUCCAAACCCUCCGGUGACCACCCCCCAGUUUCCUAUUACUCUGGUGUAGAGACAUCCAUGCCUGAUUCAACAUCUGCAAAGGAGGAUCCAAACACUUUACCGCCACCGGUCCAGGCCCCAAUUCCUGCUGCUGUCUCCUCUGUUACUAUAACCCGAAGGGAUCCUCGUACGGCAGGUCACCGGUCAUCCCUGCCUCAGAUUCGGACUGCUCAGACUGUUCCUGAUGUUGGGGUUUCUUCUCUGUCAGCCAGUAUCCCUGUGUCUGUUGAGCCCGUGGCUGUAGAAACAAAGGGUCCUUUACCAAUGCCUCCUUCAACCCCACCACCUAGACCUGUGGUACAAAAAACAGCCUCUUCACAAGAUGCACGGCAUUAUGGAUCCAGCACUUCCAGCAAUGUGCCAGAGCCUUCUGUUGAGGGUGAAACAGCUUUGUUCCUGUCUGGUCAGGAGAUGCUGUGGAAAGGAUUUAUAAACAUGCACACCGUCGCCAAGUUUGUCACAAAGGCCUACAUGGUGUCUGGAUCAUUUGAGCACAUUAAGGAGGAUUUGCCUGACACCAUUCACAUCGGCGGUAGAAUAUCUCCACACACUGUGUGGGAUUAUGUGGGAAAGUUGAAGACUUCACUGUCCAAAGAACUCUGUCUAAUUCGUUUCCAUCCAGCAACCGAAGAGGAGGAGGUUGCGUACGUGUCCCUGUUUUCUUAUUUCAGCAGCCGUAAGCGGUUUGGAGUGGUGGCCAACAGCAACAAACGCAUUAAAGACCUUUACCUCAUCCCUCUGAGCUCAAAAGAUCCACUGCCAGCGAAGCUCCUGCCAUUUGAUGGACCAGGGCUUGAGCCAGCUCGACCCAAUCUCCUCCUGGGGUUGUUGAUUUGCCAGAAAGACAAGAAGCGUCCCGGAGCAUCUCUUGAGAAUGAGGAAAAACGUUCUAAAACCUUAAGAGAUGAGGAGACAGGCCUCCCAAAACCAUCCAUUGUUGGAAAAGUUGAAAUAAAACAGGACAAAAGUGUUAGAUCUAGUCUGGAUGGCAUAAGCACAACUCCGCCAGGUACACCACCACCCCUUAGUGCCUCUGAAUCUUCAAGCUCCAUCUCAGCUUCUGUGUUGUCCAUUCUCUCCUCUGUGAAAGCAGCUGGUGUCACCACUAGCACAAACAAUAAUUCUCCAAAUGUCACAGCGGCACAGGCAGUCUCUUCCACACCUCUGCAGACUAUCCUAAAGACUCUUUUUGGUAAAAAGAAGUCUGAUACUGAUGUCUCGUUAUCACCUUCAGACCAAGGUGCUGCAGAGGGAUCCAUGCCUUCUGUGUCCAUACUGGACCCAAUUGUAAAACAGUUUUCAAUAUCAAAGAGUAAAGAGAUAGAAGUACAGGACGACAGACCAUAUGAUCCUGAGGAAGAGUAUGACCCAGCUGUUGGCUAUGCUAAAGAAGAAAUGCAUAAUGCAACCAAAGUGUCUGCAGCUGUUGAGAAAACAGAGGUGAGAUCUGCUGUGGUGGAUGAUAUUGCUUAUGACCCUGAAGAUGACUCCAUUUUUGAUGAUGUUGGGGCUAGGAAAUUAAUUGAAUAUCAGAAAGGGCUUAAAGACCAACAGGCCGAGGAACAAAAGUUGCAGCUGGAAAGGCAUGAGGAUCCAGUUCACCAAAUACCAGAGACUUUGAUUUCUCAGCCUGUGACAUCUUUAUUAGCUAACAGCCAGUUGUUGCAGCUUGGUAAAAAAGUUGAAGACUUAGUGGCAAAGAGCUCAGCUACUCAAAUUAUUAACCAGAGAAGAGACCCAAGGCAAAGUAGGGACCCUCGCCAAGCAGCUGUAAGUAGAAGACCAACGUCUGAUUCAAUUGAGAAAGAAGACCAAUCUAUUGUAACUACAGAUGAACCAUCUCCACAGCAAGCUUUGGUGAUAGAGACAUCAGCGUCACAAAACUGCAUAACCUUAGAUGCACAAACAGCACCGCUGGAUUCUAUUAUGGAUACAUCAGUGGAGGAACCUACUACAACCACUGACACAGCCCCAACUCAAGUCACUUCUGUCUUGGAUAUUCAAGAUGUGCAGCAUGACAUCCUGCAGACAGCAGAAACAACCAAGCCUGAGGAAGGCAAGAGUGAAGCUGUACCUUUCCUUGGUACAGAGAGCAUGGAGGUUUCUAUUCCAUUACUAGGGGAAAAAAUUGACCCCGAGUUAGUUGAAAACUAUGUGGAUAAAGAAUCUGAAGAGGAAGAAAUUAGGGAAGAUCCUAUUGAAUCUGACAGUAAAAGUUUUGAGAAAGUAUGGCCAAAUUCUGCCAGUAUCUUAAAAGCUGAUCAGGUUUCAUCAAGUGGACAGCCUAUUGAGACCACUCCAACCACAUAUUACAGCAUUUCAACGAUCAGUACGUCAUCUGUACACUCGACAAUGCCAGAUGACGACAUGCAUGAUUCUUAUAUGGAUUCUCACAGUUCCCAUAUACAACACAUAACAACAACCAAUCCUGCAAACAUUCCACAUCAAAUGUCUUUUCCUCCCCCUAUUGGGCCUCCACCCAUUCUUGGUCCACCUCCCAUGCAAGGCCCACCACCCAUGGCUGUUCCACCGCCCAUGCAUAUCGCUCCUCCAAUGUCUGGACUACCACCACCAAUACAGAUUCCCCCCAUGCAAGGUCCUCGUCCACACCUUGGAGAAAAUGAUCAUUCUCAGUUUCAUCCACCUGGAUCAUAUCCACCUUACCAGAAUCAGUGGGGAAGCAAUCCUCAGUUUGAUGCUCCAAGAGGCCCACCCCCUCCCAAUUUUACACCAAGAGGACCACCCCCAUUCCAACAAAUUGGUCAGAGAGGUCCUCCUCCUCAGAUGUUUGAUAAUUCUCUUAAUCCAAUGCCACCUCAGCAUAUCGGACCAAGAGGCCCACCUCCAGGCCCUCCACUAGCUGGACCACCUCCUCCAAACUUUGAUGGACAAAGGUUUAAUGGUCCUCCACUCCCGUUUAAUUUCUCAGCACCUAGAGGCCCCCCUCCACCAUUCCAAGGCCCCCCUCCAACUCUCCAAGGCCCCCCUCCACCUCUCCAAGGCCCCCCUCCAACUCGCUUUGAUAAUAGAGCACCGCCACCAUCACACUUUCCAGGACCCAGGGGGCCACUUCCCACUCAUAAUAUUGGGGAUCAUGGAACCCCAUCUAAUAUGUCAAGAGGUCCCGGUGAUGACCGUGGAAACUCUUAUCAAGGACUAGAGAAACCCCACAUACAUGCACAAGGGCCGCCUUUUAGGGGUCCACCUCCAAACCACUUUGAUGGACGGAGGGGACCCCCUGGUCCUCAAGGUGAUAUGUCAGGACAGCGCUUUCCACCUCCACACCAGUUUCGUGGUUCACCUCCACGUAGGGGGUCUUUUGAUGAACCGCGGGAAAGAUCGUCUCAAGAAUUUGAAAGACACAGAGGACCAGCAAUGCAGCAGUUUGGUGGGCCAAGAGGUCCACCACCGGGGCAUUACGACAAGGAGGCUGCUGGUCAACCACCACGAUAUAGCUAUAACGAAGACAACCCUAGCGAUGUUAGACCCAUUCGUGGGCCUUUGCUUCCAACGCCUCCUGAUGGUCUCAUCCCAAUGCAGGCCCGUGUAGGUGGGCACAGUCCAGACCCCCACCGUGAUGACCACUGGAGACGGCACUCCCCGGAAAUGAGACGGCACUCCCCGGAAAUGAGACGGCACUCCCCGGAAAUGAGACGGCACUCCCCGGAAAUGAGACGGCACUCCCCGGAAAUGAGACGGCACUCCCCGGAAAUGAGACGGCACUCCCCGGAAAUGAGACGGCACUCCCCGGAAAUGAGACGACACUCCCCUGAAAUGAGAAGGCGAAGCUGCUCUUCGAGAGAUGGUUCAGAUCCUCACAACCGUCCGAGUAGAUUUGAUGGAAGCUCACGUGACAGAGAUGCCUCCUCAAGAUUGUCUGAAGAAAGAGAGAGGCAGCGUGAUUUGUCUGAGGAUAGGAGGAGAGAAAGAGAUCGAGAAGGUCCUCAUGGUGGACGACCAUGGGGCUGGAACAGGGAACACGAGUAUGAGAGAGGCAGAGAAAGGGAUCAUGAAAAAGACCGGAGCAGGGAAAGAGAUGGGGAGCGGGGUCGGAGCAGAGAAAGAGAUGUGGAGCCUGGUCGGAGCAGAGAAAGAGAUGGGGAGCGUGGUCGGAGCAGAGAAAGAGAUGGGGAGCGUGGUCGGAGCAGAGAAAGAGAUGCGGAGUGUGGUCGGAGCAGAGAAAAAGAUGGGGAGCGUGGUCGGAGCAGAGAAAGAGAUGCGGAGUGUGGUCGGAGCAGAGAAAAAGAGGGGGAGCGUGGUCGGAGCAGAGAAAGGGAGAGGGAGCAUAGCAGAGAGAGGGAUCACAGUAGAGGCAGAGAGAGUGACCGAUACAGAGAUGGAGAUGGAGACAAGAGAAGAGACCGGGAUCGAGACAGAGACCGAGGUAGGGAGAGAGAGCAAGAGAGAAAAGACUAUGAUCGAGAGCGAGCCAAAAACAGAGAGCGAGAAAGAGACCGUGACCGAGAUCGGGAUGGCAGGGACAGGAGACGAGAUCGCUCGAGGAGUCGAGAACGAGAGCGUGGAAAAGAUCGGGACAGAAGAGAUCGGGACAAGGAGAGAGACCGAGAUAAAGACAGAGGGAGGGAGAAAGACAGAGACAGACGGGACAGAAGCAGGAGCAAAGACAAGAAAGAUGAGAGAAGGGAAAAGUCUGACUCCUCAAGGGCAAGGUCUACAGAAUCUAAGUCCCAUUCUUAAGUUGUUAAUUUUGAUAUGAUGUAAAAACCUCUGGAAGAACAUUUUCUGAAUGUUUUUUUUCACAUUUUGCAUGGAUUUGAAAGUUAUGUUUCAAAGUCCUGUUUUUGUACUCCUUGUCUUGCUCAAAUAUUUUAUGCUUUUUACAUUUAAAAUCGUUGAUGUUGAUAACAUCUUGGGGUGACAUCUUACCUGAUGAUAAUUUUGUUAGCACAAAAUGCACUCUACUUGUAUUGCCGUUUUAAAAUAUAUGGGAAAACUUCACAAAUAACAAUAAAGCAAGACAUGUAAAUAUGUAUGUAUGUGUGUAUAUACAGGUACGGUUUUAUCUACUUUUUCUAAAUAGAGAAAUCGUAAGCCAUAUAGCUUUAAAAAAAAGUGUCACGGAAAAAGAAAGUUGUCCUCAAUAGAAGGUCUUUGUAUUGUAAAAGCUUAACCAACAUUUCAUGAAUGUGUCUGUAGGCUGUUAAUGAUUAAAGCCACUUCUGAUACCCAACAUAUUGUUUCAUUAAAUCCUCUCUAUUGUUAAAACAAAC